AGGGUGUGAAAAGAUCAACAUUAGCCUAAAAAAUCACACCAGUAUAACUUCAGGCCAUGCUGGCCUUCUCUAUAUAAAGGUCCUCAUCAUUACAAAUCUCAAUUAGAAUUUAGAAGAGAGGUGAGAGAGAGAACACUCCUUGUGCUCCACCAAUAUCACAGCAACACUCUUGUGAAACUGAUUCCUGGCCAUUUUGCAAAUAAACACUGACCACGUACAUGGCUUCCCAUAGUGUUGUAAGAUCCAAGAGACUAAUGCACCGUGCAGCCUCUUAUGGAGAAAGAGGGAGCCCUUGCUCACUAUCUCAUCUCCAAAACUAUGAAUAUCUCCGAAUCCAACCCCAAGGUAACUUCAAAGAACAUCAUACUAACAACAUGGAACGUGAAAAGGGUACAAAACGUGGCACAAACCGAGGUAGACAACAAGCACAAAAGCUUCACAGGUUGGGCUUCUCAUACCUUGCAUCUUCUUUUCUUUACAUAGUCAUAAAGGUUAAAGCCUUCUACAACGGAUUCCUUGGAGAGGUUUCUACUGAGGCAAAAACAAUGAGCAUUGAAGCACCAAUGACUACUGAGACAUACUUCUCAGUGCCAGUUCUUCCAAAUUAAUACAGUUCCUCCCUCAGUAGGGGCAACAUGCAUGUUCUCAUGUCUGGUUCAUACUAUGUUGGAGCACAUAAAGCAGAAAAUAAAAAAUGUCCCGAGUGUUUAUAUUAUUAAAAUUCAGUAGAAAUUUGUAAUCAGGUUUUGACUGGAGUUGCACUUCUAUGGGCAGGUUUCUUGAGAAGUUCCCUGCUGGAUUAUGAAGUAAAAGUACAUUUUUAGGGAACUAAUUGUAAUUAUGUAAUAAAUAAAAGUUGAACAAAUGUUAUGUUCUACAUAUUGAUGACUUUUUUUUUCCAAAAAGUUGCUCAAGUGCUAAUUAACUACAUAAGUAUAUGUGUGUUAGUUAAGAAUAACUAAUUGCACCACUAAAACAUUGAAUACAAAUGUUACAUUUUGAAAGUUCUGACAAAGUCGAGAUAUUUGAACUAAUACUAUAUUUUUAAGAAUCGUUUCAAGCUCAGAGGCUAUGAUUUGAUUAGACCAGCAAACGUUAUUCCAGAAGAUUCAGAUAUACACAUUUACAUUGUUCCAACUAAACUUGAAUGUGAAAUUAGCUAGCCCACAUAUAUUCUAUUCCUGUGUCAAAAUAAGUUCACCAGAAUUUGUAGAAAAUUCCAGAACAUGGACUAACAUAUGCCAAGUUCCCACUAUGAGACGAGUCAUGAAUUUGUUACCACUCUACUUGGUGGAUUUGUUUGGGUUCUUCAGCAGU